AUGGAGCUUAUGAAACAGCAGGUGACAUGUCAGUCAACACGGCAGGGAAUUCUAAAUUAUGCUAAAUUUGUCAAAGAUAUUGUGUCAAAUAAAAGCAAGUUAUUUGAAUUUAAAAUAGUGGAACUCACUGAAGAGUGUAGUUCAAGAAUCUUGAAUAAAAGUAAGCUUCCAGCUAAGCAAAAAGAUCUAGGUAGUUUCACAGUACAGGUAACCAUUGGUAAGUAUAGUAAUGCAAGAGGUCUCUGUGAUAUGGGGGCUAGUAUUAACUUGAUGCCUAGAUCUAUACUUAAGAAAUUAGGCUUGGAAGAACUUAAAGCAACAACUAUUUUGCUACAGUUAGCUGAUCGUUCUAUAGCUAGACCUGACGGUAUCAUUGAAGAUGUGUUAGUACAAGUAGGAUCCCUCAGUAAAGUUGAUUUUGUUGUUUUAGAUUUUGAGCCUGACCCCGAUGUUCCUUUUAUCUUUGGACACCCGUUCUUAGCAACAAACGGGGCACUUAUUGAUGUGGCUGCAAGUAGGUUAACCAUGAGAGCACAUGACAAAGUGGAAGUGUUCGAUGUAUAUCACACAUUGAAAUUGCCUGUAGUUUAUGAAAAACUGUCAGUUGUAACCAUCACCGAUGAGAAAGUCUCAACUCAAUGCAUUAUAGCAAAUGAUUCAUUGGCAAAAGUUGUGAUGGCUCAAGAUAUUGAAGAGGAAGUAGACGCUAAAGAGUUAGCCAGUGUGCUUGAUAUGCCAAAUAUCAGCAUAUGGAAAAAGAAUGUGGAACCUUUGAAUAGAGAAUUGGUACCUUCACCCAAGCCUUCUUUGGAAGAAGCUCCUAAAUUGGAGUUGAAAUAA